AUGUCGUCCACAACCAAUGACCCCACGGCUGCACCCAUAACCAAAGAUCAUGUCAAAGACCUCUACGGCACCAACGCCGCGGAGCAAAAGCGGCUGCACGCACAGCACAACAUCUGCACCGCCGCCUUCUCCAACCAGCUCCUCGUCUUCCCGGGCGCCCAAGACUUGCUCGCCCGCCCCAAUCUCCGCAUCCUCGACAAUGCCGGCGCCGACGGAUUCUCUUUGACAGAGCUGCGGAAGCAGCUGAAGCACCCCGAAAGCGCGGACCUCAUAUCCGCGGACAUAGCCCCGUUCCCCGCCGAGACGCCGAGUGGAGCAAUCAAGCCGGGCGAGGGCGUGCGGCUGGUAAAGCAGGACUUCAUGCAGGAGUGGCCGAGCGAGUGGGAGGGCACCUUCGACCUUGUGCUCCAACGCACGUGCCUCUCCUUCCACCCGACCUGGUCUUCCGCCGUCGCGGCUACCCGCCGCCUCCUCCGGUUGCUGCGGCCGGACGGCUCGGGCUGGAUCCAACUCGUCGACGCCGCGCCGCCGUACGGCAUCGUGCAGCCAGAUGAUCCCCCCUACGCCAAAUUCUUCAAGUCAAUCGGGCGCGCCCCGUCCCCCGAGGAUGCGGCGAACGGCAUCGAUCCGCCCAUCCCCACUCGGCUACCUCAGCUUCUCACGGAAGCUGUGGACGCCGAGGGAGUUGAGUUGGAAAGUCUGGGCGAGAAGAGGGCCCAGUCGAAGUGGGGAAGGUGUGCAGACAGCAAGGAGAUGGAGGAGUUGGGCAUGUUGACGGUCGAGCAAAUGGUGAAGACGGUCGAGGUGAUGUGGGAGAUGCAUCCGCAGGUGAGGAGGGUUGGGCCGGAGGAGUGGGAGGGACUGAGUGGGGGUGUGCUAAGGCAGGUGAGAGAGACUGGGUUUGAGAUUGAGACGGCGGCUGUUUGGGGGAGGCGCAUACGGUAG